UUUCUUCAAUCUGUUUUUCAAAUUUUUUUCCUCUAGAAAAAUUGAAUAAAAAAUGAAUAAAAAAAAACUGUGAAAGAGAGAUGUUUAUAGAUUGGUUUCGUUGCAACAUCAGAUCUGAUUUGUUUUAAAAGGUUUUAUGGCAUUUACAACAUUACAGUGAAAGGUGCCUCGGUUGAAGAAUUAUAGACUUCUGGUAUAUUCAGUAUAGAAUGGAAGAUGGAUUGUCAAGCUUCUGGGGUCCUGUCACCGCAGCUGAGUGGUGUGAGAAAAACUAUGUUUACUCAUCUUACAUUGCAGAGUUUUUCAACACAAUUUCCAUUGUCCCAGGCAUUCUUUUGGCGCUCAUUGGCCUUAUAAAUGCAUUAAGACAACGAUUUGAGAUGAGAUUUAGUGUCCUUCACAUAUCUAACAUGAUACUUUCCCUUGGGAGCAUGCUAUACCAUGCCACACUGCAGCGUAUGCAACAGCAAGGUGAUGAAACACCAAUGGUGUGGGAAAUGCUUCUAUACUUUUACAUCCUCUACUCACCAGAUUGGCACUAUCGAAGUACAAUGCCUAUUUUCCUGUUCUUUUAUGGAGUAGGAUUUGCAGUCAUCCAUGCGCUCUUCCGCUUUGGAAUUGGCUUCAAGGUUCAUUAUGUUAUUCUCUGCCUUCUAUGCAUCCCUCGCAUGUACAAAUACUACAUCUACACUAAAGAUGCCUCUGCAAAGCGACUUGCAAAGUUAUAUGUGGCGACUUUGUUCCUGGGGAGUAUUUGUUGGCUUGCUGACAGGGUCUACUGCGAGGAGAUUUCUCGUUGGUACUUUAACCCUCAGGGUCAUGCUCUUUGGCAUAUCUUGAUGGGCUUCAAUUCAUAUUUUGCUAACACAUUCCUGAUGUUUUGUCGUGCUCAGCAGCAAGAAUGGGAUCCGAAAGUUGUUCACAUCUUGGGGUUCUUCCCUUAUGUCAAGAUUCAAAAACCAAAGAGCCAGUAAAAACCUACUGCACUGAGUAGUGAUUUCGGCACUUGGCCGCUAGGUGUUGUUUUUGGCAGGCAUAGGAAUCACAAUUUUUUUUACCUUUGUUGUCUCAAAAGAAGGAUGUAAAUGAUAAUUUAAUGUUGAUAGUAAUGUUGGGACAUUGUUUAUUUUGAUGGUACUGCUAGUGUUUUCCCAGGAGAUAAAAAGAAAAAAGAGGAAUGGAAAAUUGUCUUUCCCAUGUGAGGGAGGUGUUUUGGUUUUGAGUUGUUCAUAGGC